AUGAAUAAAAAUAAUAAUAUCUUUAAGCUAUCGGUAUUAUCUGUUAUCUUUAUUCUUUCAUUGAGUUCAACACUCAUUGUGAAUGGAGAUAACGAUUUCAUUGUUGGUGUGUGCACCCACUUGAUGUCACCACCUGUCUCGCUUACCACUGUUACGCCACCAUUGGAUGCUGCCAUCGGAGCUGGAUUGGCAUCGGUGCGUGACACACCAUACUGGAGUUCUGUCGAGUUUGUAAAGGGUCAAUUAACCGAGAUCUACGAGUUCAAUGACUUUAUGGUUGCUCUCCAACCAAGAACAUCGCUCAGCAAGUUGUUCAUCCUCGGUAAUGGAAAUCAACAUUACAACAACGGCCAGAAACCACAAGGUACCAAUAUCACAGUUGCCUUUACCAACUAUGUCCAAUGGGUUGUAAACAAAUACAAAGGAAAAGUUCAAUUCUAUGAAGUUUGGAAUGAGUGGGAUUUAGAUGAUCCAGGAAAUCCAAAUACUGCAACUCACUAUAUGCAAUUGGCCAAUGCAGCAAUUCCAGUUAUUAGAGCUAACGAUCCAAAUGCCAAGAUUCUUGGUGGUUGUAUUACCUCUGAUGGUAUGGACCAAUUAUUUGGUGACCGUGUCAUUCAACAAGGUUUAGCUACAAAGGUCGAUGGUCUCUCGAUCCAUCCAUACAAUUUUUGUGGUGGUACCGACAACACUCCGGAGGUUUGGUUCCGUUGGGUCAACCUAACAAACACAAGAUGGACUGGUCUCAGAAAUGGUGUAGCCACUCCAUUGUACAUCACCGAAAUGACAUGGCCAUCAUCGCAUCCAUCGACUUGUGGAUCCACCCUUGAGAUUCAAGCUGCCUACUUGGCUAGAGUCUACUUCUUGGCACGUGUCAUUCCAAACAUCAAGGGUAUGUGGUGGUACGAUAUCUUUGAUGACGGUGUCGACUUUUACGAUCGUGAGCACAACUUUGGUUUGCUCGAUCACAAUUGGUCACCAAAGCCAGCGUACUUCACAAUGAAGUCGAUAACACCAUUCAUUUCCAACUACACCUACGACGCCACCAAGAGUGUCUUGGCAUCGGGUUCGCUCUACAAGCUGGCAUUCUACCGUAACUUGACUGGUGGUGCUCAACACAGAGUCAUUUCUGCCUGGUCAUCGAACAAUGCUGCCACCGUCACAACCACUCUCACCACACAAUCGGUGGUUCCACUCGAUCUAGUCAAAGUCUGGUACACCACACCAUACGCUAACAUGGAUGGUCAAUGGGUAAACUCUGGAUUCAAAUGGACCUGUGUUGGUUUUGACUGCACUGCAACUGUUACCGUCGGUAAAUUCCCAGUUAUCUUUGAUGUCACAGGUGUCAAAUGUGCAUGUCUUCCAUAA